AGUUUGAGGCCAGCCUGGUCCACUUGGUGAGACCCUUGUCUAAAAAACAGGACAUUCCUUGGGCAGUAUUGUCCCCGUGGCCAGAUCUGCCUAGCGCUGCUCAGUUUGCAGCACUGGAGAACCCAGCUGCUACUUAGAGAGCCCCUCCCCAUUGCCUUGACCAACUAAGGCAGUUUGGUGUCCUUUUCUCUGCUUUGACCCACAGCAGGGUGGGGAGAGCCUGCCAGGGACCUGACACAGCCUUGAGAUUGCCAGCAGACACAACAAGGGGUGGGGGCCCUGGGGGAAGGAACCUCGCCAAGUAGAUACCCAGCCCCAACCUGCCACUAGGACCCUUCAUGCUCUGAACUUCAGUACGCUCUCUUCCUUCCUCAUGGAUCGCACUAUAGUGCUCAUUACCGGCUGCUCCUCCGGUAUCGGCUUGCACUUAGCUGUUCGUCUGGCUUCUGACGGGUCCCAGAGCUUUAAAGGUAUAGGAGGGGACCAGCAUAGAGGCCAGGGAGGAGCCCCCACAGGUAAGCAGGGUGAUGAGUCAUUUAUCCCCUCCCAAAUUUUAGUGUACGCCACAAUGAGGGACCUAAAGGCACAGGGACCACUGCUGGAGGCCGCCCGGGCUCGAGGAUGCCCUCCUGGCUCCCUGGAGACACUGGAAUUGGACGUCAGGGAUUCAGAUUCUGUGGCCGCUGCCCAGGGAUGUGUGACCGAAGGUCGUGUGGAUGUGCUGGUGUGUAAUGCUGGCCGGGGCCUCUUUGGUCCUCUGGAGGCACAUGAGCUGGACGCAGUGGGUGCUGUGCUGGACGUCAAUGUGGUCGGGACAGUUCGGAUGCUGCAGGCCUUUCUGCCAGACAUGAAGAGGCGCCAUUCCGGGCGUGUGCUAGUGACCGCGAGUGUAGGAGGCUUGAUGGGGCUGCCAUUCCACGAAGUUUACUGUGCCAGCAAGUUCGCCCUCGAAGGUCUGUGCGAGAGUCUAGCAAUCCUCCUGCCGCUCUUUGGAGUCCACGUGAGUCUCAUCGAGUGCGGGCCGGUGCACACGGCCUUUUAUGAGAAGCUAGAGGGUGGCCCAGGCGGGGCUCUGGAGCGUGCAGAUGCCCGGACCCAGUGCCUCUUCACGCACUACCAGCGUAGCUAUGAGCAAGCUCUGAGCGAGGCGCAGGACCCAGAGGAGGUGACGGAGCUCUUCCUGACCGCACUUCGAGCCCCGCGGCCAGCGCUGCGCUACUUCUCCACCGACCGCUUCCUGCCACUGGCUCGACUGCGCGCAGAGGAUCCCAGCGGCAGCAGCUACGUCACCGCUAUGCACCGCAAGGCCUUCGCUGAUCUGCAGGCGCAGGAGGGCCCUGAAGCUGGGGCCAGCGCCCCUGGGGACCAGGAUGCGACCUCCAGUGCCCUCAUUUGCCUCCCAGGGUGCGCGUCCCCUAGGGUGGCAUCUGAAUUGUGUUGGCCUGCAUCGGAUAAACCGGGUCAGGAUAAACCAUGUUACCAGCAAAAGAGCUAAGAGACAAGGUCUCCUUUUUCUUAUUUUAGAAUUUGUUUUGCUUUGUUUUGGGCA